CUGAUACUUUGUCAAAGGUUGCAAUGAGUUUUCUGAGUGAGUUGGGACAGUUAAUUUCGGUCUAUUAUAACGCAAAUAAACGAGAAACCAGUUUGUUCUAACUAAGUGAGGGCUUCACCUCGCUCAAUGAGCCGAAGAGCCCAGACCGUAGUAAGGCAUGCGGAAAUGACAGCGGCACAGCCAAGUUGUAGCAUAAAGAUUCAAAUCAGGACAGGACAAGCCCAGCACUUGACAGAGAGAAGCCGGCCGGUACAACAGCGCUACUAGCAAAACUGAAGUGUUAAGUGGAUGGGCCAAGCUGAUGAAAAUAGACCAUAUCCCCUUUCAAGCAGGACAUCACAUGAGGAAUAAGUUCUUGAUUUCAACAGAGCUACAGAUGCCCUGGUGUGUUACCCCCUCUGUGUGAGCCCAGGGGCUGUGUUUUACCUCUGGAUUUCACACUGACCUCUCCUGUCCCAGUCAGACUGUUCCAGUGUACCUCCUCUGUGCCAGGUUGUGCCAAUUCCGUUUCUCCCCUCCCCUGGCCGCAGCAGCCCCCCCUGGACCCCCACUCAGCCUUCUGCCUCCAUGAGGGGCGGGAGGAGGCGGCGGGGGCCCUGUCUAUGGGCCCCCUGCCUCUUCUGCUCAAUGCAUCUGGAAACCUGCGGGACGUAGAGCCGCCUCUGUUACAGGACGUGUCUACUCUCACAGAUUUUUGUUCAGACUUUCCAGAGUUGGAGAUAGUGAGUCUUUUGUCAGAAGGCCAGCCCAACUACACUCUCCGAGCAGACAGUGUGUUUGGAUAUGACAAUGAUGACUGGCUGCACACCCCUUUGGUGCCCCCAGAGGUUGUUCUGGGACUCACAUGUGAGCAGAUUGAAGAGACCUUCAAGUAUUUUUUGCUUUGCUCUGAACGAGUGGGCCAGGUCACCAAGACAUAUCACGACAUUAAGGCAGUCACACACCUGCUGGAGGAGAAAGAGCGAGACCUGGAGUUAGCUGCAAGAAUUGGUCAGUCGCUUUUAAAACAGAACCAAGAGCUAACAGCACGAAAUGAGAUGCUUGAUGAACAACUUGAAGCAACAAAAGAGGAGAUCGCUCAACUCAGACAUGAACUUUCAAUGAGAGAUGACCUCCUACAGUUUUAUGCCAGCACUGAGGAGCUAGAAAACUCUGAAGCACAUUCAUCGCUAAAAAGGAAUGAAUCAUGCAGUUCUCUGAGCAACUUUGUCCACUAUGACUUCCUUCAAAAGAAACUGAAGGGGUUAGAAGAGGAGAACUGCAAACUACGAAGAGAGGCCAGUGAGCUCACAACUGAGACCAGUAAUUACGAAGAGCAGGAACACGAGCUGAUGAUGGUCUGUGUUGAAGAGUUAUCAUCUGUGAAUAAGCAGGUGGUGGACUUGUCAGAGGAGCUGGCUCGAAGAGUGGAGGAUUCGGUUCGACAGCAGGAAGAGAUCAGCUCUCUGCUUGCUCGAAUAGUGGAUCUGCAGGCUCGAUGUAAAGGGCUUACCCGUGAGAACGAGGAGCUAAACCAGAACCUUAAUGCUGCUCGGGAGUGCCAGCUUCAACUCAAAUCAGAGCUUAAGGACCUGCAGGACAAGUACUCUGAAUGUGAGGACAUGCUACAGGAAGCCAGAGAGGACAUUAAAAACCUCAGAAACAAAAGCCUGCCUAACAGCACGGUGCAGCGCUACACGGCCCUGGCCUCUGUGCUCCCCAUGGACUCUUUGGCAGCUGAGAUAGAGGGUACAUUUAGGAAAAGCCUGGACACGCCAGCGCCAUCAGAGUACAAGACCCACCCUUGGCGUGUUUUUGAAACAGUGAAGGUGGUGAACAAAGCGGUGAAGCUUCGUUCUCGCUGUAACUCGCCCGCGCUGCCUGGCUCCUCGCCUGCCUCUGCCCGCUCCAGCUGUGCCAGCACCCCGCGGACCAGCUACUAUGGGUCCGACAACGCCAGCCUUACCCUUGAGGAGAAAUCCAGCAAUAACCAUUCUAAUAAUAAAGAAGACAGCAGUGCCAGUGGUCCCAAGCGUCUGGGUCAGCCGGGGACCCCCGGUGGUCAGGACCUGGAGGCUGCGCUGCGGUCCCUCUCAGCCCGGCAGCAGAGCCACUCCUCAGAGAGGCCCUUCUUCGACGUGGAGCGAGAGCGUAAACUGCGAGCCUUGGCCCACAGUGAAGAGGCCGAGGGCUCCAGUGGGUUUCUUACUCCCAAUGACAGUAUCGCCUCCAGUCCUGCCGCCUCCACCAGCACCAACUACUCCAAUGGCAGCUCUCGUCACUCCUGCAGCUCUUCAGGGGGGUCCCGCUCCUACCUGCCCGAUCGCCUGCAGAUUGUCAAGCCUCUGGAAGGUUCAGUGACUCUGCAUCAGUGGCAGCAACUGGCCAAACCAAACCUCGGGGGGAUUCUGCAUCCUCGUCCCGGGGUUCUGACUAAAGACUUCAGAGAGCUGGAAGUCGACGUCCAACAUGUCUACAGCCUCAAUGACCUGGAGGAGGAUGAGCCUGACCUGUCUCGUUACACAACUGCACAUGGACUUGUCUCAUCGUCCAGUCCCAACCUCCCUCAGACUUCCCCCACUCAAACCAUCACCACCUGUCAAGCCCUGCACCCCUCCCUCCUCAUCCCAUCCUUCUCCACUAGCCUUCACACUUUCAGCCUGCCACCUCAUAGGAACUGUGAGCACAUGAGCACUUCUUACCCUUCCCAGCAGCCACACUUUGACCUAGGACCCUGGACUACCCCAGCCCACUUCACUGCUCCCAACAUGCCCACAUCUCCAUCUGUAGGACUUGUUCAGCUACUACAAGAACGGGGCAUCUCGGCAUUGCCUCAGCCACAUCACCAAAACUACACACAUGUAAUUAAAGACUCCAACAUAAGGGAGAAGUCGGUGAGGAAACCAGGAGGCACUUUUAGCUUGAAUUUGGUAGAAAAGCUACAGAGCCUUGGACUGCACCGAGUGGCAGCUUUGGGGAUGACGGAUCCUAAACCUCCUCCUCACAUUUGAUUUCUUUUAAUCAUGUUAUGUGAUUGAAUGUGUCUUGAAAACUGAAGCCACUUUUUGCUUGAGGCAUAUGCUGUAGAUUUUUUUUCUUUUAUGGUGUGGCAUCCUCUUCUCAGGAUCUUAUUUUUGAUCACCUCAGUCACAGCAUUUCAUCUUUUAUACACAAAAUAUGUAACAAAAGAUUUUUGGUUUGUUAUUUUGGGUAUUUAAAUGUAUAUUGCCUUUCAUUGUAAUACCGAUUUUAUUUUUAAGGAGAAUCAAUAUUGCCAACAUAAAGAGCUAACAAAAUUGAAGCUAACACUAAAUGGCACUAAUUUAGAUUUUGGUUUUCUUGCUUUAGAGCUGCUAUGGGAAAAGCAUGAUGUACAUAAAGUUUUUGUACUAAAGAAGCACUGCAUUGACAAUAAGUGAAGUAAAUUUUGUUAAUAAUGAAUGUUAAUAUUUGUAAGUUGUCUAAUCUGUAGAGUUAUAUCUGUGUCUAACCCACUCCAUUCACAUCAGGUGUAAAAAUGCUGGUAAGACUAAAAAAAUACUAACAAGCAACUAAUAAUUCUGCUGCUGUAUUCAGUUUCAGAAUUUAAAUAAUGCUGCACAUAUGAACAAAUCAUAAUGGGCAUUUAAGCUUACUGUUCAUUUUUGAAUGAGAAAAUACCAAUAAUAGGCAAUAGGCUGUAAAUAUGUACAAAACAGCAUGUUUCUGUAUUGUUCUUUGAAAUAUCAGCUGUAGCAUUAAGGCAUAGGAUAUUGUUGUUGAAAAGGGAAAAAUAAUCAUAAACACUGCCCACUCUGCACUACUGAUCUGGGUCAGUGUCACAGCGGUAUGUGUGUGUAAAACAUGCAUCUGUGAAUAAAACGUUCAAAUCUGG